AUGGAAUAUAAUCGCGAGCCCUGUCCCUGGAGGAUAGUGGAUGAUUGCGGGGGCGCGUUCACUAUGGGCACCAUUUGCGGAUCACUCUUUCAGAGCGUUAUUGGAUUCCGAAACGCGCCGUCGGGGAUCAAGAGGAGGCUCGGCGGAGGGCUGAUGGCGGUGAAGAACCGAGCGCCUCAAGUGGCCGGGAACUUCGCCGUUUGGGGUGGUCUUUUCUCCGCGAUCGAGUGCACCUUGAUACGAUGUCGUUCGAAGGACGAUCCGUGGAACUCGAUACUGAGCGGGGCUCUGACCGGCGGCGUCCUGGCUGCCAGGACAGGGAUCCCGUCGAUGAUAGGAAGCGCCACGGUCGGAGGUAUCUUCCUGGCGCUCGUCGAGGGAUUCGGUAUCAUGGCCACGCGACUUCACGCGGACACCUUCGCCCAGGACAUGCAUAUGUUCGACGUGGAGAACCUACCGGAGUUCAACGGGCUCUCGCCGAGGACGAGGGUGGGUUACGGCGGGGCACCGAUCGCGGAAGAGAUCCCACCCAGACAGAUAAACGGUACCAACGGCAUGGACGUUGACAGAAUCGCCAAAGGCAGAUGA